AUGACAUCACUAAACAAUGCUAGUGGCAAUAAAAAACAGCUAACUGUCCUGGUGGCACCGAGUGGUUUUGUCGGUCCGCUAAUGUCGGCCAUCGGUAUCGGCGAAGUGAUGCGCGACAGUGGCCAUCGGGUAGUGUUUGCUGUUAGGGCCGAUUGGCGCGACAAACUUUUGAAAUUGAAUUUUGAAGUGGAACUGAUUGGCGAUAAGGAUGAACAGGUAGUCAAAGAUUCAGUAGAAGCCAAUGUAAAGGAGUCACAGGUACUCAUUGGUAAUAAAAGUCAAUUGGAAAAAACGAUUAAAUCGUUUGAAGGUUACGAUAGAUAUAAGAUACCACUCGUAGAAGCGGAUGAGCCCUACUAUCGGGAUAUUAUCGGUCGACUGCGACCCGAUUGUAUAAUAUGCGAACAUAUAACUAUGUCGCCAACGAUAAUCAACUCCGGGUGCGUUACAGUGUUUUAUCAGAGUAACAGUGUUCUGGCAAUGGACAUGUUUAUCGACGACCAUCGAUUGCCGCCAUCAUCAUUAGGACUGUCCGUCAAUAGCGACAAACAGUUGUGGGAAGAGUAUAGGAAACAAAUAAAUCAAGCAAAACAAAAAUCGUCAAAACAUUGGCACAGUUGGCUUCAAUCGCAAGGAUGUCCGCCAAUGAAAGAAAAUCAGAUUUUAUAUCCAUCUCGCUAUGCGAACCUGUAUUUGGCACCCAAAGAGCUCGACUACACCGAUAUUAGGCCACUGCCCGACAAUUACUAUCAGUUUGACUAUUUUAAGCGAACCGCCGAUGAUGACGAUGUGUUUGAACUGCCGGAACAAUUCAGACAAAAAUCAGGAAAACUAAUUUACCUGUCAUUGGGAUCAAUAGGCAGUGCAGAUGUCGACCUAAUGAAACGUUUGGUCGCUAUGUUAGCCAAUAGUGAGCACAGGAUUAUUGUAUCGAAAGGUGUCAAACACGACAAGUAUGAGUUGGCGGACAACAUGUGGGGCGAGAGGUUUGUACCACAAGUAAAGGUGUUGCCAAUUGUCGACCUAUUCAUAACACACGGCGGAAAUAACUCGAUUACCGAAUGUAUGUAUUUCGGUAAACCAAUGAUAGUCGUACCGCUGUUUUACGAUCAAUACGAUAACGCACAGAGAGUUGAGGACAAGGGUUACGGUAUACGACUCAAUCCAUACGAGUGCUCUGAACAACAAUUAUUGCAAUCAAUUGAUAAGUUAUUGAAUGACAAACAAUUGGCUGAAAAGUUGGAAAAAGUAUCCAAAAGAAUACAAACUGAGAAACAAAUUGAGAAAAUACCGGAAAUUAUUGAAAAUUUAAUUUUUGUCUAA